AGCUUAGCAAAUAAUUAUUGGCACUCGGACUGUGGACAGUGACAGUUGCCCUGAACGUCAACCGCGACGAUGCACGCGCCCUCGCCGUCACACAUCCUCCGCAUCCACGCGGUAGACGUCACCGUCGUGUCCUUCUCUGAGGACAACGAGCGGCUAUACUCCGGCGACACCUCGGGCAGCGUGUUCGUCACCUCGACGCGCACGUUGCGACCCAUUGCUACAUGGAAGGCGCACGCAGAGGGCAUCCUCAGCGUACAGGAGUGGGCAUCGAGCAUCGUCACACACGGUCGGGACAACAAGCUGCACGUCUGGAUACGCGUCCUUGCUCCUCCUCUAGUCGGCAGCACGGCAUCAAGCCCAGAUCUUCCGACUCCUGAACUGCAAUAUUCUCUGGAUGUCAAUGCCCUGAACUUUUGUCGUUUCUCUUUGCUCUGUGCCUCCUUGUCUGGAGCGGAGUCUUCAGCGGCAUCUACAACUGAGCGUGCUCUCAUUGCAAUCCCGAAUCUCAUUGAAUCCUCUUUGGCAGAUGUCUGGGAGCUGCCUUCUUGCUCAAGACUGCAUGCUGCUAUUGGGAAAGUAGAGGCUCCUGAAAUUGGCAUGAAAAGUUGGCAGAUUGAUUCCGAUGGUCGUAUUCUAAUGUCACUGCACCUCUUCAUGAAAUCAACCCAGCUUCAUUUGUUGUCGGCAUACGAGAUUGGGGAGGUUGCUCUGCGACGAUGCAUUUCAGAUGAACACGAGAAAACCAUUGAAGGUCGAGGCUGGGAAUGCAUGUGGAGAACAAGACAACAUGCCGAGUCUGUUAUGGCAAUGACCGUUUCAUCAGAUGCUUCGUUCGCUCUGACUGUGUCAGCCGACCCAAUUAUUGUUCGAUAUGCAUUAGAUGAUGGAGACGAAAACCGUUUUACAAAACAUAGAGUUAAACAACCAGGAAACGGUGCCAUUGCACUACGUUCCGACGGACGCGUCUGUGUAAUCGGCGGAUGGGACGGAAAAAUCCGUUUAUUCUCAACGAAAUCCUUCAAGUCACUCGGAACCCUGUCCUUUCACACAAAGAGUUGUCAGGCAGUCGCUUUUGCGCAUUCGAAUCCUCAGCAAUCCUCAGAAACGUCAGAGGAGGAUGACGAGUUGACUGAAGAAGAACGAGAAAGUCGGAGUCGAUGGCUUGCAGUUGGCUCACAGGACCGUCGUCUUACGAUUUGGGAACUAAUUAGCUUUCGCAAAGAAGCGCGUUGACUAUAUGCUGA